CGCGCUACGUGACUUAAGACCAGUGAACGAGCGCACCAGAGGCACCAGUCGGCAUUCGUACUCUCGUGGAUCCGAACGGACGGUCGAGUUGCAAAGACAAACGUGUGAAUUCAAUUUUCCGCAGCUAUCAAAAAGUCCGCACCCAACACUGCAAUCAAGGCACAAUGGAGGAAAACGACGAGAAAACAAAAGUUUCCGAUUCAGCUUACUCGAACAGUUGCAACAGCAGAUCACAAAGAAGCAGCGGCAGUAGCAAGUCGCGUCACAGCACCUCGAGCGGCUCCAGUGGCUAUUGUGGUCACCCGUCCAGAACAGGCAGCAACAAUGAGCAGCCGUUUACGCAGCCACAACAAGCUACCAAGCGGAAAGAGAAGAAAAAGAAACUGCUGAAAUCCGAGUUCCUAAAUGGAAACAACGGCAACAGCCCUAAUGCCGAAAACAGCAGCUCCGGUUCAGCCGGAAACUGCAACAGCUCUUGCGGCGAUAGUUUAAUUGGUACGCAAACAAGUUCCGGUGGACAACCUACAGUGACCACUGGAACUCUGGAGAAGAAGUCGAUGGAAAUGGCUGCGGCUGCUCUUUCGAAGUCGCUCAACAACAAAAAGAAGAAAAACAAAGAGCAGCCUGGAGUUAUUCCGGAAGAGUGCGAAAAUCAAGUCAAAGGCUCUAUAAAAACUCCAGUAGUGAGGGAAAAAGAGGAGCAGAUUUUGCACUGCCUGCAGGAAGAGCAGUACACUCAGAAUGAGGGUGAAUUUUGCACUGUGGUGUCAAUGCACGACGGAGUGGUCAUGUACACAACAUCCAGUCUGACUGAGGUUCUUGGUUUUCCGAAGGACAUGUGGCUGGGUAGGAGUUUCAUCGACUUCGUUCAUCCAAAGGACAGAAUCUCCUUCGCCAGCCACAUUACUUCGGGAGUUGCUGCCCCUCAAAUCGGAGGAGGAAAUUUGAACAAGAAUUCGUUCUUCUGCAGUCUCCGACAGUACAGGGGCCUCAAGACCAGUGGCUACAGCGUGACUGAGAAAAAGGUCACCUACAGACCUUUCAGGUUAAGUAUGUCCUUCAAAGAGCUCACGCCUGAAAACAUGAAUGUGGGCGCCAACAAGGACAACUCUCGUCCGCUCGGCACCUUUCUUCUCAUCACAGCCGUGCCUGUCCAAUCCGUCUACAAAACUCCUGAUGAGCCUCGCAUCUCACCCAAGUUUCUGAUGCGCCACUCGGCCACCGGCGAGCUGAUCCACGUGGACAAGGAGGCGGUGCCACAUUUUGGCUACCUGCCCCAAGACAUGAUCGGCGUGUCCGUCUUCGACUUCUUCCACCCAGAAGACAUGUACUAUUUGAAAGAAGUCUACAUGACGAUCAUGAAAGAGCAGCAGAAUUGCUACGAAAGUCGGCCGUACCGAUUCCGGACCCAAAACGGCGGAUACGUUUUAUUAAAGACUGAGUGGUCGAGCUUCAUCAAUCCGUGGUCUAGAAAGCUUGAGUUUGUCAUUGGUCAGCAUAGAGUUUUGCAGGGUCCACCAAACCCGGACGUUUUCCAAAUGCCAAAUGAUAACGAAGUGCCUCUUUUACUGGAGGAAAUCGUCAAAGAAAGCAAAAUCACACAAGAAGAGAUUUUGUUUAUGCUGAAUCAGCCGGUGACUCGGCCGUCGGAAACGGCGAAGCAGCAAGUUUCCAAGCGGUGCAAGGACUUGGCCACCUUCAUGGAAAGUCUGAUGGACGAGAAAAUCUCAAAACCCGAUCUCAAAGUUGAGCUGCCGCAGGAGGAGCAAAGCUUCUCGGUAGAAUUUCGAAAUGAGAAGCAUAUCCGCCGUCUCACUGACGUUUUCCAGGAACGGGACUCCGUAAUCUGGUGCGGAGAGAUUUCCCCGCACCAUGACUACUACGACAGCAAAUCGUCGACGGAAACCCCUCCGAGCUACAACCAACUGAACUACAAUGAGAACAUACAAAGGUUUUUUGAAAGCAAGCCAAAAACCACCCUUUCCGAUGAAUCGGGCGAAAUGAAACUGGACGUGCAACGUUCAGGAGUGAGCACCGAUGAGGAAGGGAAGGAUAAUAUGAUGCUCGGCGCGGACAGCAGUUCCAGACUUUUUCUUGUAAAUUCUUGCUUAUUGGACCGAUUUCUUGCGCGCGGUAGCGGCGCAGGUAGUAGUGCAGACCGCGCAAUUGCUUUCAGGGGGGUUAACUCUGCUGCUGCUGCAGGUGGUGGACAACCACAUCACGUGGUUAAUGCAGGUGGCGUCAAAAAACCGGACGACGGCGGCGGAGGUGGAGGCGGAGGAGGUGGUGGAGGGGCCGCCGUCUCCGUACCAAACUGCGCCACCAUGAUGGGCAACAACGGGUACAAAACACCACACCUCACCAUGGAACUUCUUUACAGGCAUAAUGAAGACAUGGAGAAAAUCAUGGUGCAGAGGCACCGUGAGCAGAGGUGCAAGAGCAGCAGCAACAUGGAGAUGAAGAACAAGGACGGCCGGAAGAUUGCAAUGGCCGGUUGCAGCGUGGGGGCCACCGAGGGAGACGGAGGAGGAAUUUUGGGUUUGGGACACCAGGAGAUGAAACUGCUUGACCCGUGUCACGGCGUCAAACGGAGUGUCUCACACUCGUGGGAGGGCGAAACGCACAAGGCGUCCAAGCACACUCACCCCGAGGUCAACACCGGCAACAGUUGGGCCGCUCCUGUCGGGCCCCCUAACAAAGAUACAGGAGACAAGCGGUGGCAAGGACACAACGUCAAUUCUACCAAUGUCAACCUUUGGCCUCCCUUUUCAGUCACCCUCACGCCAAUGCACAACACUCAGCCCUACAACUCGUUCAGUUUGAAUCAAACUCCAACAAACAGAGCCGUGACUGUCCCGGGAUUGAUUCCCUCACCUGUGGCCAAUAUGAUUCCUAUGUACUACAUCCCUACGGCACCCCAUCAGCCAGCAGGUCUGGCUCCACAGGAAACCUCAACAGCUCUGCCCAGAGUGAUGCCUUCACCACAUCAGCCGUUCCCAGCUCCACAAUUUCAAUACGUCAACACAGCAGCCCUUUCAAACAUGCUCUAUCAGCCAUUGGGACCAUCCUUAUAUGGCAGUCCGUCGCCUGUUCUCUGCCCAUCCCUUGCGGUCCUCCAACCAACCCUUUUGCCUUCAACCCUAUCUUCGAUGACCUCUCACAAUGCAGUUAAUAUGCCCAUCGCCUCCAACAAUAUGAAGAACAACAACCUCAACAGAAGUCCAAACAAGAUUUACAAAAACGCAGAGAUGCGUGCAACACCCCCUAAUUUCAAAAUCGGCACCCCUGCCUCGCAAACGUCCAUGAAAGUUGAACCAGGAUCUCUGCGCCAAGGCAUUUCUAAACAUUCGAUUGGUUUGAACUCGACUGAUGAAGAUGACAAGAAGGAAGGAAACAUGAGUGGGUCCGACCAACGCUCUAGUCUAACUGGCGACGGCGAAGGAAAUGGAGAUGACAGCAGCUACUUCAUCUGUGAUUCCAGCAUGAAAAGUUCACCUAGUGCCGAGGUGGAGCGCAGUUGUGAGGAUAUGCAGUGGGAGAGUAACAAAGUUAAUGAACAAGAGAAGACUGUCAGACCUUUACUGAAAAAGGAACCACCUUGGCUAGAAGAAGUGCAGGUGACGCCUGAACUUAUUUACAGGUACCAAAUCAAGGACAGAGUUUUGGAAGAAGUGCUAGCUGCUGACCUUAAAGCGCUAAACUUCAUGCAACAGCAACCAAACUUAGUGAAUGAGCAGCUCUCACAGCUAUACCUGGAUAUGGAGUUGGAAAAUCUGCCAGCAAAUUUGAAUUUUGAAUUGAUUUGCGGCAGCAGCAUCAGCAGCAGUAGCAGCAGCUGUGAUAGCAGCAGCGGUGAAGAAAUGCAAGGACCUAAUAAUAACCAGAGCGGCCAGGACCAAGAUCUGACAGCACAAACCGAUAAUUUGGGCAAAAUCAACAGACCCUCAAAGGGAGCAAGGAAACACAAACGUUUGGAGUACAGCAGCUUGGUGAUGAUUUACGAGGAGAACGCCCCGUUUCCUCCUCCGAAAGUUGACCACUGACAAGACCAAACAUUAAAUUUCACUGAAACACACAAUUCAUGCCUCCACACAAACAUAAAACACACAAUCAAGCAGUAUUGGUGCCUUUCGCGCUGCAAACAUCCAGAUGAUGACAGAUCGAGUGUAACAUAGUCCAUACUAUAUUUUUCUUUUAAUUUUUCCUAUUUUUACUAUCAAUGAUGCUGUGCAUUGUUGAACACAUGAACACACUUAACAUAUUAACAACACAUUAAUUUUUGUAAUAAUUUAUUCCACCUACUUCUUUAGAUGUAUUUUAAUAUUAUUAGGUGUUCGAAAACUGCCAAGAACCAUAUCUGAAACUAAUUUGUAUAAGCUACAAAAAUAUUUUCUACGAUGUCUUGGAAUAACUAUUUUUUGAAACGAAUAAACAAAUUUUUAGU